AAAGUUUAAUAACUUAAUAACUUCUUUAGAUACUUGCUCAGCCUCUUUAAAAGAUGAAACGUGGAGGUUUUGUUUGCAUAACAAAAUAUCUUUGCGAUCGCACGUGACAAAGGAAAAUACCCGUUAUUUUCAUGGCUUGUUUGGUGGUAAUUGAUAUGCCUGCUUUAAUUAGCAGCCUGCAAGAUAAACAACAGAGGACAUUUCCUUUUUCUGCUGUAGCUUCCUUGUCUCGCAUCUCACGUAACUUGAGGAAAACUUGGCUUGCACUUCCUUCAGUAAUACAAGAAAAGAAAACUGAAGGAACUAAGAAAUAACCAAUAGAUCUCAUCUGUCAAUCAUUAGUUUUGGGCUGUACUGUAUGUUUACUCGAAGAACCUAUAAAAUGGAAACUCACUCAGGAAAUCUCAUAACUUCUCAAGCGCUGAAGCUUAAAGCAGUGUCGCUGUACGUUCGUCUGCUCGCUACCUGCUCAGUCACCCUACGACUGCGACCGAUAGAGUUUUGUCAUGAAGAUCUCCGCAAUUGUAGUUCUCGGCCUGGCGUAUUUAUGCCUUCUGCCCUUCACACAGGGAGAGGUUGCUCGCUAUCAAAUGGCACUUGAAGAGAACGGAACAAAAUUCAUAGAGAGAAUCGAAGUCGAUGAAGAACAAGACGUCGAAGUUUUCCGAGUUCCUGCUCACAACAACGUUGAAGGCGCUGAUUUUUACCAUGACUUUAAAAAGCGUCUCACUGUUACCAGGAUUCUGUCUCGAAAGGUCUGCUACAUCUCAAAAUUGGACUUAUCUAUCUCGCCACCAGCGCAACUGAAAGCGGAUCUCGAUCGGGUAUCUUCUUUGGCUGACGAUCCUCCUGUCGUAUCAGAGUCGAAUGCUGUGAUGAUACAUGGACAGGCUAACAGACUUCUUCUUACAAAGGAGAUCUUAGAAUUUUGCGAAGCUUUGCCCAUUUAUAACACUGAACACACCAAAAUCGACCCAACCAAUGGAAAUGAAACUGUCAUCUUCCGAAACAAUCGUCAGAAUGUUGAAUCAAACUUUCAAUUAUGCCUACAAGCACUUGGAAGAGAUCCUUUUGAAAAUGUAAUUAAAGGAGGUUGUAUUCGACCUGACGAGUACUGGGAUUUGCGGUGCAAGUUUGAACAAAGAUCCUUUUUAACUUUCAUUUAUUAUUAUGUUACAUGCCAUAAUCAGUUGGCCUCCGGAAGACUGCAAGAUAAUUGCAGAUCUAUCCGUAAAAGUUAUAAAAUUCCUACUUGUUGCGACUACAUAUGCGCAACUUAAAAUAUGAGAGUUAUUCAACAGCUUUUAACGAAUGUGUUUAACAGCUUUAUAUAACCGUUUAAAGGUUUUCUGUGUUGUUAAGUAGAAAUCUGGAAAAAGAGAAAGUGUCAUGAUAGAUGCGUUAUCGCGCAAAUUGUUUCUUAGGCUUUUUGAUGCAUUCGGCGUAAAAUAAAAUAAUUGAAAAUAAAAUAAAAUGAUCGUAUUUACCCGCCAUAAAACAAAACUUGUGCUAGUUCAAAGCGUAAAAUAAGUAAAGAGAGGCUUUUUAUUGCUUAGAACUGAUUAGUAUUACGAUAACCGAAAUUGAUUUGGUUCGUUUUAGACUAGGUAUAAAUAAAUGCUAUGUGUAUCUCGAUUUACUUUUUUAUGAAGUCAAAACAAAUAAACGUAUUUUGCUGA